AAUGCGGACACAUAUAUGAUGAACGAACAACACAGAAAUAUGCAUCAAAUUUUAAGUAUAGAAGCAAGCCGCGGUGGUGUGUCUGUAGGAGAUUCUGUCAGUAAAAGAUUGUGUUGUAGUUUCAUCAUUUUAGUGGCGUUUUUCUCUAUAGUAGGGGGAUACCUCUUGGGGAAUUUUAUAUCCAAGAGAACACACCACAUAGUCAAAUUGGAGUUGGAAGAUAUUUCUGAAAGAAUAACAACACUGAAUAAUAAUUUGAAAUCUGCCUUUGGCAACAUAACCUCUAACCAGAAUUGUAGCCGAAAAUUUAUUUGUUAUAGUUAUAAUAUGGACGGAAACUGGAGCUCAACACAAAUAUUAGACUCUCUAAUUAAUUGUUUCAGUAAUGUUUAGGAAAUAUCAUUGUAGAUAAGACGAAAUUUAUUAUGUUAAAAUCAAUAUUUUUGUGAGAUUGGAAAUAUAGUUUAUUCGUUGAAUGUUUAAUGUUUGGUUUGGAAGAUAAUAAUGUUUAUCAUGUUGUGAUACUAAAAUAUAUAGUGUUAAGUUUAGCUCUUGUUGAAUAAAUUUGAAAAAAUAUUGA